AUGCUGCUGGAAAAGAGCUGGACACAAUUGGCCGCGUCUCUGCCAUCUUCAACACUUGCCACCAGCGCUGGCAGACGAUCAUUAGUAACCGCCUCGAGUUUGCCAAGGACUUCAAGCUGUGCCCUGAAGGGGCAUGCCUCGGAAGACAUUGUCAGCUCGAAGACAUAUUCAAAGCUGUCACGUCGCUUUUACUCUGAUUCACCGCCGUCUUCUGGAAUUCCUUCCUCCUCCCAACCCCAGCAGCUUGGUCAGCUGGAACCCCGUCUGUCCCUCACGUUCACAUGCACAGUUCCAAAUUGCUCUCACCGCUCGACCCAUACGUUUACGAAACGCGCAUACGAGAAGGGCAUCGUGAUUGCCACUUGCCCUGGGUGCAAGAGCCGGCACCUCAUUGCAGACCAUCUGUCCUGGUUUAAAGAUGAGCGGACACAGGAUGGCAAAUUGCGGACCAUCGAAGACAUCAUGAAGGCGAAAGGCGAGACUGUCCGCAGAGGUCAGAUAAAGCUGGACGACCUGCAAAACGGCGCGAUUGAAUGGGCACCAGAUGAAGGAGCUGAAAAAUGA